ACUCUGAGAUAUCACACAGAGAACCCCUAUAGGGUUUGGCAUUCUGUCUCCAUCUUCUUGGAGCUUUGAAGGGUUUGUUUGCUGAAUCAAAUUGGAUCUGGCUUUCUUUCGCUCUGGUUACUACUUCAGGUGUUCAACUCCAUGGAUUCAAACUUGCACUCACAGUCCCCAGAUAAAGGUGAUAUGAAACCAUCAUUUCGUAAGCCUUCCAAUGAUGCAGUUAAUAGGAAGUAUCGGCGUCGUUCUCCUAGUGGAUCAGCUUCAUCUUCAUCUGGAGGGAGUCCUUCGCACAGGAGAAGCCGCAGUCCAAUUAAUUCCAGGGAGGAUACCACAAAAACAUCUGAUGAUCGACGUAGAAGGAAGGAUGAUAGGAGGGAUUUAGAUAGGGAUGCUGGUCGAAGUCGGUAUGGGAAAGGUGGUGAUUCAUACAGAGAUUAUGGUAGACAGUUUCAUGGAAGUUCACUUGAUUACCGUCGGCAUGAUGACCAUAACAGACAGCACAAAUAUUCUACUGAAGGGGAUAAAGACUAUCAGAGAAUGUCAUCACGUUCUGGUAGGGAAACAAGUGGGAGCAGUCGUUCUGAUCAUAUGAGACAUGAAAGUGAGUAUGAUAGGUCAAGAGAUUAUGGGCAUCAUGUGGAUAAAUAUUCCCGGGAUAAACCUGAGGAUGUGGGCCGUAGCACUAAGGACAAAGAGAGAGAAACCACAGAUCUGGAGCGUCAGAAAUAUAGCAGUAAGGAUCCAUCAUCUAAUAGAGCUGUAUCUGGUAGGAGAUAUACUAGCUCAAACAUGGAAGAGAGGAGUGGGGAUCGGGAUAGACAUAGUAGGGAUAGAGGAGGUUGGGAUGAUAAAAAAGACCACAGAAGGAGCUCAAGAGACCAUAAGAAUGAUCGUACAUCCUCCUACGAAGAAUCUAGAGGAUAUGAAAAAGAUUCUUCUCCAGGAAAGGACAGUGUUGGUAGUCGUGUGAAAGAAACUCACUGUAGCAACCCAAAGGAGAUUGAUGGACAAAAAGAUGUUGCAACCAAAAAGAGGAAAUUAGAUGACAGAGAACCUGAAAAGCAUAAGGAGCAAUAUGAUAGAGAACGAGAGGAGCAUCUUGAAAAUGAUUCUAGACAUUCUUCAGGUUACAGAAAACGAGAUGGGAGACAUGAACAUGUUAAAGAUAAAACCAGUGGUCUAAUCGAGGAUCAAGAUUCUUCGCUCAAAAAGCAAAAGUUUUCUAAUUCAGUUGCGAAGUCCAUGACAUCUGAACUGGAUGAAGGACCGCCUCCUUCAAGUUCGAAGCAAGUUCAGGAGACUGGUGAUAAAGUGAAUCAAGAACCUGCUCAUUCUUCAGCUGGUGAGGCUGAAGCAACUAUUGAUCUAAAUGCAGCAAAAGUUGCGGCUAUGAAAGCUGCAGAACUUGUAAACAGGAACCUAAUUGGUAGUGGAUACAUGUCUACGGAUCAAAAGAAGAAAUUGUUGUGGGGGAACAAAAAGAAUAUUGCUAGCGACGAGUUGCAGCCUGGGCAUCGUUGGGAUUUGCCACUGUUUCCAGACCGAGAACGACAGGAGAAAUUCAACAAACUCAUGGGUGUAAAGGGAGAUGCAAAGCAGGAGCAGAACCCCGAAGAGAAAGAUGGAAGUGGGAUUUUCCGAUCAGAAAAGCAGAAAGAACUCGAGCUGGAUUUGGAGAAGCAUUAUACUGCUGGACUCCGACGAAGAGAUGGUCGCACUGUUGGGCUGGGGCUCUAGCUGCCUUCUCUGCUCCUUUCUGUACUCAAACAAAGAUGUUUGGUACCAUUUUUGUGUAUUUAUGUUUCUCCUUGGAUUCUGCUUUAUCUGAACCUGUACCUCUUGCCAUUUGGUUGACAUCUUUCACUGAAAAAUUCAGAUCCUCACAAAAAAUAUGCUUAGUUCGGGACCACUAUUACCAUCCGGGUUCAUCA